AUGGCGCCCUAUAGCAUGGUACUCCUUGGCGCCCUCUCAAUCCUUGGGUUUGGGGCUUAUGCUCAAGAGGCUGCGGUUGAGGAACCCCAGAUAUUUUUCAACUUGACCUACACGGAAUAUCUGGAUAAGGUGGCAGCAUCCCACGGGAGUUCCCAGACGAGUGAUUUGCCGUGGAAUGACACUAUGAGCGGCUUUCCUGGGAACGAGACGGGCAGCAGCCUAUCGAGGCGUGGUCGCAUUGUCAACCUUGGAAAGCGUGACCCUGUCGGCGGGGAGUCUUUCAAUGAUCGUGUCACCAAUGACAUGCUCCAGGCGCUUCAUGGUCUCUGCGUUGAAAAUUUUGGCACAGGCUUUCGAGCGACUAAUGGGUACUGUCGCGCUAACCGUCGGGCGACUAGGGAAAUCCAAUGUGCGCGCCCGGGUACCAGAGGGGCAGGCUCAGUGACCAGAACUUGCCCACAGAACCAGGAAUGCACCACUUUCGUGGCGCACAACUUUCGUAGCCAGUCGCCUACCACGGACAAGUCUACUUUCCCUGUCUGUGGGCCCCGAAUUGAGGUGAAGGAAAGACAUGAUAUAGGGAUCCACACGGAGUGGGAUGGAAUCUGGUACCCCGAAUCGCCUAAAUCGCCUGGGACCUACGAUUCUUUCGCCCAGAUGGCGGGCAGUCUUAAUGGGUACUUCGACUUUGAUGGUGCUUAUCAAAGUGGAGAGGGCUUCAGCUCUCGGGGAAGUGGACACUCGUGGUCAUGCAUUAAUUGCCCGGGAGGCAAGCUGACUAUCACUAGCACGGUUCGCGCAACUUGGGCAAUUGGAUAUACCAGCCCCCACUAA